AUGGACGAGAAACUUCGCUUCUUCUACACACGCCGAGCAGCAUUGAGACAGCGAUUGGCUAAUGCCAUCAAUGAGGAUACAUCCAGUGCUAGUGAUGUGCUUAGCAAUAUUUUGCGUACAAUGGAGGAGAGUAGCAUUAACACAAGUAGUAUUGAUAAGGAGGAGGAUAGUGACGAAGACUCCAAAAUGAGGAUAAUAUUACAACCACUCUGA